AUGCAUAUUGAAAAUCCAUUUCUCUCUGCAAUCUAACCUCAAUUCAUACCUCAAAAUAAUCCACCUUAACCUAAUUAAUAAAGAAAAGAAAUUGGUGAUUAAGCCAUAUGGACUUUAUCAUCUGCAAAAAUUGGAAAUGGAGUUGAUCAAUUAAGAGAUGAUAAUUUGAAUACAUUUUGGUAAUCUGAUGGUACAUAACCUCAUUACAUAAUAAUAUAAUUCCUAAAGAAAAUGAGAGUCUAAGAAUUAGCUGUUUAUUUAGAUUUCAAAUAAGAUGAAAGCUACACUCCCAAUAAAUUAUCAAUUCGAGCAGGAACUAAUAUUUAAGACAUGAAAGUACAAAAUUAAAUUUAUCUAGGAAGUACUAUAUAUUGAAUUGAAAGAACCAUAUGGAUGGUUUGUUUUUCAACUUAAAACUAAAUUACUUAAUGGACAAGAAAAGUAUUCAAUUAUCUCUAUUAUAAGACCUUAUGUAUCGACAAUUAACAUUUAAGUAGUUGUUCUAUAAAACUAACACAGUGGAAAGGAUACACAUAUUAGAUAAGUAAGAAUAUUUGGACCAAGAGAGUAUGAAUAUAUAAAAUUUAUUUUUAGAAAAUAAAACUAAGGGUUGAGUUUUCCAGAUUUCAAAAUGCCUGAAAUUACUUAAUAUGCAUCAAUUCGUUGA